AUGAUUCAAUCAAUAUUUAAAAAUCUAAUUACUCGUAAAAAUAAAGCAAAAAACUCCUCCAAUCUUCCUUUAAGCGAAAAUGAAAUAAAUAGGAGACAAAUAAAAGCUCAAUUAUUUAAAGCUAUAUGGGGAGGAAACUUUAGCGCACCAGUUGAAAAUAUGCUAAAAUCAGGAAUAAGAGUUUUAGAAGUCAGGUCUGGACCCGGUAGUUGGAUUCUUGAUUGUUGUUGUGAUUAUAAGAAAUCAGAAUUUGUUGGAUUAGAUAUAAUGUCAAAAAUCCUUCCCAAAUCAUCACAUCAUAAUUUGCAAUUUGUUAUAUCUGAUGUAAGAGAAGGGCUGCCUUUUCGAGAUAAUACAUUUGACUAUGUUCAUGUACAAUACCUAACGCAUGAAGUUAAAAACUCAGAAUGGCCCAAUUUACUCUUAGAACUUACACGUGUUCUAAAAGUAAAUGGUUGGCUCGAAAUUUCUGAUUCAAAUUACGAAUUUAUUCGCGUUGGACCAAAUAUAAAUAAAAUAAACAAUCGUAUGAUUGCAGACCUUACAAAAUCAGAUAUAGAUUGUUAUAUAGAUAAUAAAUUUGGGAGGUUAUUAAAAGAUAUUAAUCAAUUAACCAAUAUAAAACGAUUUGAAAAUAAUUAUCCAAUAGGAAGUUGGCAGGGAAAAUUAGGUGAAGAGGCUCUUUAUAUAUCUAAACCAUCUUGGAAGGUACUUUUAACUACCUAUAGAAAAGAACUAAAAAUUCGAACGAAAGAAAUUGAUUCCGUUUUAGAAACUCUCGUAGAAGAAUGCAAUAACAAUAGAUCUUAUACUACUAUAUUUAGAUGGAUCGCAAUGAAAA